AAUGGUCUGUCUCAGCUGUGUUAUUAAAAGAAAGACAUACUAAUUUUUUUAGUUGAUUCUUUUCUCUUUUGGGCUAGAAGAUUUUCUUUUUUUUUUUUUUUGGUCUUUAGCAACAAGAUUGGUCAUUCUUUGCUUUAAUCAAUAAGGGGCUUUAACAAACUAUUGGAUAAAUGAAUUUUUUUUCUCAACUGUUAAUGACCUGUUGGUAACAUAGUGUCAUUAUUAUGUCAGUGUACCUGCUUAAAAACACGACUCUGGUGGGACUCGAACCCACAACCUUUGAAUCUCUUUCUCAUGAGUUUAGCUAGAAGUCCAAUGCGCUAUCCAUUGCGCCACAGAGCCUGUAUAUAUAUAUUUUAAACUACAAUUCGCUGACAUGUCAAGUUCUCUGUGCCUCAUGUUUAUUUUUUCACAAACAGAUUCUGACAGUACUAAAGCCACACGAUAAUUCAUUCUGAAGGGGUAUUUCUUGUAUGUACUUGUUACAGAAGGAUAAAAGAAAGUGCUUCCGGUUUUCACCGGAACAAGUUAGCAAUUAGCAACAGUUAGCUGCAUAGUUUGUGUUGUAUGUGAGGACGGAAGCUAAAACCCAAAAUGUCAGAGAAAACAAUAACUGUGACAGUCGCAUACGGAUCAACUAAGCACAGCAUCACUCUAACAAGUCAAGAGGAUGGAACAGGACCCACUGUUAAAGACUUGUCAGACGCUCUUAGUGACGCUACUGGUGUCCCACCAGCCUCACAGAAACUCAUUUUUAAAGGAAAGUCUCUGAAGGACAUGGAAGUGAGUCUCUCCAGCUGUGGAAUAAAAGAAGGCUGCAAACUCAUGAUGAUUGGAAAGCGGAACAGCCCAGAGGAAGAGGCUGAACUGAAGAAGCUGAAAGAAAUUGAAAAGUCUGUGGAGCAGACGGCUAAAAAACUGGAGACGGUGGAUGGGGAAUUAACUGGAUUGAAGAACGGCUUCCUGGCGAAAGACCUCCAGGCAGAAGCUUUGAGUAAACUAGAUCACAGAGUAAAAAUAGCAGCUGAGCAGUUCAUGAAAAUCCUGGAGCAAAUAGAUGCCAUGAGCAUCCCAGAAAAUUUUGCUGACUGCAAAACAAAGAAAAAGGGUCUUGUAAAGACCGUGCAGGAUUUCCUCGCCCAGUGCGACAGGAUCGAGGCUUGUAUAUCAGACCACCUAUCAAAGAUCCAGUCCAAAAACCUGGCUGUGGCAGAGUAGCCAACUCUCCUAGGUGUGCUUUAAGUUGCUCUGUGAGCAAUGGUAAGGUUUACAGAGUGCUUCAAGUAAGAAGCAGAUCCCACUUUAUUUAUUGUGAGGAGCGUGCUGUGUGGGAAACAUCUUCAUAACAAACAAUCCUUUGAAAACAUGUGUGUUGGUUAUUAACCGUGAUUUCUGAAUAUAUCACCUGGGAUAAGACUGGUCCUUUGCUGUGUGUGUUCUUUCUACCCUACGAGUCCGUUCUUGUUCCAGAUGUUUGUAACUUCUGCAGGGGCUUGCACUCAAUCUGUAACAGCAACAUAAGUUUGUCAGAAGGAAUUGUUGGUAUGUGUUCACUCUUCAGGCGUUAAAUGUGUACUUGAGGUUAAGGGUCUCAUUUAUGUUGUCUUUAAUCCUGUCGUUACUACAGGAAAUCAAGAGGCCAAAGAGUGAUCCUAAAUUCAGACACUUUUUUCAUGUUAAAAACUGGUCAGUUUUAAAUAUUAAUACACGUUAGCAAUUGGAUAAGGAAUAAUAUUUUAUAUUUUUACAUUUCUUUUUCCAUAUUGACCCAGACCUGAAAAAUACCUAAUUUAAAGAUUGGACUCCAUAGGAACCUGAUAAUCGCAGUCGGAAAUGUUAAGCAACCCUGAAAGUGAAUCACACUGAAUCUGGAUGCAGCUGUCUAUAUUGUAUGUUGUUGAACAUGGGUGCCUACAUGUUAAAUACUCCAUUCGUCACAUAAAUGAGGUGGGUCAUCAGUGGAACCGACACACGGGCAAAUUCAGCCAGGUCUUAUCAUAGCGUCAGUUUUCUCAGAAACCUUCCUAAAUCUCCGUGCUGGUCAAUCAGGUUCAUUCACAGUAAUGUAGGACCAUACGUAAAAGGGUUUCCCUGUAUGCAUAUAGGUGUUUUUUCUUGGAAUAAAAAUGGGCCUACUACAAUUUGGAGUUGGAAGAAAUUGGAUUUUAUGUAAGAUUUUAAAGCAACUGUGACUAAAUUUGUGAGCAAAGAAUGAUUCAGUAUUUUUCUUAAAUACACAAAAAAGAUAUUUUUGGUUUUGACUGCAGGUUUUAAAGACACAAACAUUGAAACCUCAAGCACUAUCAACAACAUUGCCCACUAUGGCCAAGUUAGGUUUAUGUACAUUUGGACAUGCAUUGUUAUUCUACAUAAAGAAAUCUUAAUUCAUCUGCAGUUUUGUUCAAAUUUAGUGUCAUCAUCUGUAGAAUGGAACAUUGUUUUGUAACUUGUGUGAAGUUGUACUUCCUGCAAACCCUCCCUCUGAAUGAUAAAUCACAUGCAUCUGCCUUUGUUUUGAAAUAAAAUGAUUUCAAAAAUGA